UUCGGGCAAGAUGGGCGAACCUCGCCGGGCAGUAGCUUAGACUCUACCUACAAGACAACACAUACACUAAAUGUUUCCUAACCACAAGUAACAAUUAAUUGUACAUUUAUUUUAUUUAAGGGAACACAAACUCUAUUUUUGUAACAUGCUGUAUUAGUAGUGCUCCGUGGAAUUUGUACGAUAGUAGAGUGAGAAAGAGCAGGUAAAAAAAAAAGGUGCGAGGCCACGCGCGAGAGACACACACACUCACACACAGAGAAACGGGGGACACGAAAGACGACGGGACGACGGGACGACGACGACGACGACGACAACGGGAAGCAUCACCGAAAACGACAGGAAGGUUUUGCUCGCGAUAACCGGGAGUACCGUGCGCCGUGAACAGAAACGAAGAAAGAAGAGGCGAAAGGUGGAUAUAUAUAAGGUGAUAUUCUUCGAACGGAACGCGAAAAAUCGCGCGGCGAGGGGACCGGGGGAAGGAAGACAGCGACCGAAUCGACGAGGACAACGAUAAAAAGGGGGACAAUCCCGACGAAGACGGCAACGAGGUGGAUAAGGACGAUCGUACCGCAACAGUGGGCCGCCACUCAGGCUGAAAACGACAGCGAAGUAGGUGAUAAUCUUCGCGUACGGGUCUCGUCGAUCGUUCACUCGGCUCACGGUGUGUUCGAAGCUUGCCGAAUUCUCGCUCGGUGUUGUGCGUGGUUUUUAAUAACGUGUUCAUAUACGACGUGGAGAAAAGUGUGUUGUACGACUGAUAGCGGUAGUGAAGUGUAUAGCCGACACACCCUCUUGACACUCGACAUCCGUCUCUCGAUUUUAUCGGCAUCGGUUUCAGCUCUCUAACCCCCCGUUUCAUUCCAUUAUCUUUCUCGCUCCACGGUGUUCGCUACAUUUAACGCGCGUGUGUGGUACACGCGUGUACAUUUCGGUCAGUGCUACAGAAAAGCCGCAUUACAUCCCUAUCCGUCCCUCUCUCUCUCUCUCUCUCUCUCUCUCUGUCUCUCUUUCUCCUCUGAUCAUUCCUCCCGUCGCAGCGACCCCAUCUCUCCCGUUUUCUCUCUUCCUUCGUUACUCUCUCGCGAUCCAUCGUGUCCUGUAUCAUCUUCGUUCGUGCGUUCGUCUUUACGUGUACACGGUGUAAAGAAAACGAAAAAGUGGAUUUAUCGUUGCGGCUGGUCGCAUCGGAUUUCGUUGUCGGUGAUUUUAACAAUCAUAUACCGACCGGGCUCUAUAAUCGUGUGUCCCUUUUGCGUCCCGUAACCAUACGUACUGUACUUCGUCCUAGCUCUACCCCCUCCCGGCAACUCCCCCCUCGUUUUACGAAGCGUCUCACCCACACCUCUAUUCAUCCUCUUUCGCUCUCCCUCUCUCUCUCUCUCUCUCUCUUUAUUCCUCGCUCUUUUUCUGCCUUCGCUCCACCCUGGUUUAUCGGCCGAUCAGAGUGCAAAUUCGUUCGUGACCGUGUGCUGUGUGUGGGUUCUGCAUCUAACCAGUGUCUCGGGCAGGGUAUAUACACACCGAAAAAACACGGCUGACGCCGCUCUCUUGGCAACGCCGGACCAAAAGCCACGAGCAACAACGACGUACAAGUACGAUUAGAGAGAAGCGCGGCCCAACAAAGAUAGAGAGAGACAGCGUUUCUGUGUCCGUGUACGUAGUAAUAGAACCGACGGCAUUCGGUAUCGUUUCGUUCGGGCGCCACGAGCGAUAACACCGCUACCAUGUCCGUGAGGAUGGAAAACGUAGCCGCGCCGAGGAAGCUCAACUAUAAAAUGAUGGGUACGAACGGUCCGAGACCAACGUACGUGGGUGCUAACAAUGGUAACGCCGGUGGCGCCGGGGGUGGCGGCGGCGGCGGCGGAGGCGGCGGCGGUGGCGGUGGCGUCGGCGUCGGUCCAACGAGUGGCGGCGGCGGAGGUGGCGGCGGUGGCGGGCACGGAUUGAAGGGGAAUACCGGCGGCGGUCCACGAGGCGGGAACCCGGUACAGUAUCGUGCGAGCGGUGCCGCCGCCUGGGGCGCGGGGCCACCCUCUCACGCGGCUGCGGCCGCGGCGGCGGCGGCAGCCGCAUAUCCGCCGUACACGCGGUACCCAAGCGCAGCGGCCGCGGCUGCGGCGGCCGGCCAGAUGCCCGUCGGAGCACAGCAACUACCGCCUGCGGCGAAUCCUUACGCCACCGCCACCUACGCACAACACGCGUCGUAUGGAGGACAGCGGGUGCCUGCAGCCUCUUCCCCAGCUAACACCAACAGUAGUUGUAGCAGUGCUACUGGUAGCCAAAGUGGGACAAUGAGCACAAGUCUUAGCAAUAAUGCUAUACAAGGACAGCAGGCAGAACAACUGUCGAAAACAAAUUUGUAUAUCCGUGGCCUCAACCAAAAUACAACUGACAAGGACCUCGUUAACAUGUGUUCUCAAUAUGGAACAAUCACCUCUACAAAGGCAAUUUUGGAUAAAAACACGAAUAAAUGUAAAGGUUAUGGAUUUGUAGACUUUGAGUCACCAGUGGCGGCAGAGGGUGCUGUGAAAGCACUGGUCGCCAAGGGCAUCCAAGCGCAGAUGGCGAAAGUGGGUAUCUGGUUGCUCCGUAGACUGCCCAGUCAACAGGAGCAGGACCCCACCAAUUUAUAUAUUGCAAACCUACCACUGAGCUUCAAAGAAAGUGAUGUUGAGACUUUACUCGCUCAGUAUGGGCAAGUCAUUUCAACGCGUAUAUUACGUGAUACUGCUGGACAAAGUAAAGGUGUUGGAUUUGCAAGAAUGGAGUCCAAAGAAAAAUGUGAACAGAUAAUCCAGAUGUUUAAUGGAAAAGCACUGCAAGGGGCUAAAGACCCUCUAUUGGUGAAAUUUGCUGAUGGUGGUAACAAGAAAAAAUCAUUAUACAAAAGUACAAUAUGGAGAGAAACUGGAGAGAACAUGACACUGAAUUACGAUACAAGUGGCGUUGGUCAAAAUGGGGUUGCAACGACUCAUAUGCUACCUGCAGCUACUUUAACACAAUAUAGUCGUCAUUAUGGCCAAGCUUUACCUGGCUACAGUGUACCAGGAACCCCAUGGGUCACUCCAUAUUUGGUGCAGACUGCCCCUCCACACAUGCAACAGGUCGACAUGAUGCCAUCAGCUGAUCCUAGCAACCCGCAGUACAGUAUGAUUCCUCAACUUACUACACAAAUGUCUACAUUACAUCUUGGCACUGGUUCCUACAUAGCAGCAAGCCCGCAUCCCUAUCCUUACACUACUUACCCUCCUAGCAUUAUUCAUACCAUGCCAUUGGGUGAUUCUGAACAGACAAGUAACGCGGCAUCUCCUGAUGACUCCUAUCAACAAUACCAAGCUCAGCAGCCUAAGUAGGCUAUGGUUUUUAGAUACGAUUACACCGAGGGUUAUGUGAGUUAGGAGAGCCACACCUGUUGAUACGAAGGAUUAUAUUAAUGAAGAAUAGAUGAGACUAAAUACAUUACAUAAAGUCAGAUAAGAUUCUUCCUCAUGAUAAUUGACUUGCCAGCCAUCUUUUAUACAUUUUAUCCACCAGAUAAAUAGGUGAAAGUAGUUAAUAUUUUCCAACGGUUAGAGAAUGAAUGUUGUCAUAAGAAAGGGGGUACGAGUGCUCGUGUCAUCUACAUUGUUCGGCACCAGCACGGCUCCAUACGCUGUAACCGCCAACACAUCAUUACGACAGUGACAAAAAAAAAUUGAUAUUCUGCGACGGACAGUUUAGUGUCAAGCUGAUAGGCUUCCAGGAUUAACUUUAGGUAUUACAUUUACUAAGGAGACGAUAAGUCGAAGCUGAACGCUUGAGAGUGUGAAUAAAUAUUUUAACAAAAAAAAAAUACUGUAAACUAUAAAAGAAACGCUGCUCAGAAAUAUACAAAGGAGAAUUCUUCCCAAGAAAUAAUAAUAAUAAUAAUAUACAGAGAAACAAAAGCACUUCCAAAUGCUAGAGUUGAUAAAGAAAACAAAAAAAAAGCAUUCAGAUUCAGUUGAUUGUAAUCAGUACCUACCGGACUUGUGCCAGCUGGCUGGCCGGUGGCUGAGCUGCAAAAGAAGAGGGCAUCGAUCAGUGUUUUUUUCCCCACCCCUCCGCGAAGAUGCUGAGGACAAACUCUUCCUUAACAGCGCACACCACCCCAUCCAUGAACUGCACUCUCAUCACACAAUAAUUAUUUCUUUUUGUUUUCUUCUGUUUUUGUUCAGACAUUCCAAGCCAGGCACAUAUAUUGUAUGUAUGUAUUGCCACGCGGAGAUUUUUAUCUACUUUUUACGAGUACACUUCGCGAUUCUCUUUUCCUUUUUUUUUAUUUUUUUUUUAAAUCACGGACGAAUAUUUUAAAAGUAAACGCAAAAAA